UCAAGCUUACCAAGAAAAAACUAAAGGAAAAUGAGUACAAGAAUGUUAAUGAGUGCACUGAUAUUCUUGGUUUUAUGUGAAUGUAUGAUGUUAGAAGCACAGCUUCAGGAGGGAUUUUAUGAGAAUUCAUGUAGUAUGGCUGAGUUCAUAGUGAAACAAGAGGUUAGAAAUGCCUUCUUUAAAGAUAAGGGAGUGGCUGCCGGCCUUGUUCGCAUGCAUUUCCAUGAUUGCUUCGUUAGAGGUUGUGAUGGAUCAGUGCUGAUUGACUCAACUCCAACAAACUCAGCAGAGAAGGACUCACCAGCAAAUAAACCGAGUCUUCGAGGUUUCGAAGUCAUUGAUAGAGCAAAGGCCCGGUUGGAAUCAGUUUGUCCAGGAGUUGUUUCGUGUGCUGAUAUAGUCGCUUUUGCAGCUAGGGAUAGCAUAGAGAUAACUAGAGGACUUGGCUAUGACGUUCCAGCUGGUAGAAGAGAUGGCAGAAUCUCAUUAUUUUCUGAAACAAGAAGUUUGCCCUCUCCUACAUUCAACGUUGACCAGCUCACCCAAAACUUCAAAAAUAUGGGACUCACCCAAGAAGAAAUGGUUACUCUCUCUGGAGCACACACCAUUGGUCGAUCUCAUUGCGGGCCCUUCAGUAACAGAUUAUACAGCUUCAACUCAACAACAAGCCAGGAUCCCAGUCUUGAUCCUACCUAUGCAGCCCAGUUGAAACAGCAAUGUCCACAAGGCAGCACGGAUGCAAGUUUGGUGGUGCCAAUGAACCCUGCAAGCCCAGCUAUCACUGAUGUAGGUUACUACGCCGAUAUUCUGGCCAACAGGGGCUUAUUUACAUCCGAUCAAACUCUUCUCACAAAUCCAACUACAGCUAUCCAAGUAACACAAAAUGCUAGGAGUCCAUUCCUCUGGAAAAGUAAAUUUGCUAGUGCAAUGGUGAAGAUGGGCCAAAUUGGUGUCUUGACAGGCACAGCUGGAGAGAUCCGAUCUAACUGUAGAGUCAUUAAUAGCUAAAGAAAUGUCAUAUAUAUCUGUACUCUAAUAGCUGACUACUCCUUUCAGGCUGGAACUUUCACACCACUGUAUUGCUCUGCUGCCCUCUUAUUAUGUCAUUUUGUCUCAUUUUCAGAA